AGUAAAUUCCACUUUUCCUGUGUGAAAUGACUUCCACCUGAACUUUUCUAUUCACCGGCUGUGGUAUUUUUAUUGCCACGUGGUCCAUCAUUACUGAACAAGCCGGCAACACUGUGGCAGCAGAGCUGAUAACUCAUUCAUAUGGAGGAUGAUAGUCGUGGUCCAGGUGGAUUUCACUAACAAUUUGCUGGACACCCCUGAUUUAGUCUGCUUCCAUGCAGUGGUUUUAAAGGGGGGCAAGUACACGGCACUACCCUUCACACAAAGUGUUUCAUAAAGAAAUUAACGUGAUAGUUGUGCACUGAAGGAGCUUUUAAUAAAGUUGAAUUUCCAAUAUGGUAGGAGAGGUUGUUGUUGUUGAGCGGACUGUUGUCAUGUCCCCGCAGUGCCUGUAGUGGUGCUGUGAGGAGUCCGCUGUGGAUCCAACAAAAAUCCACAGCAGCCUACCUACUGCUUGUAAUUUGCUCUGGAUAGCCUGUAUUUAUAUGCGUCCUUAUUUCAAGAUCAACCGAGCUCGGUGAAGAUCGCCGUUACUAACCGAUCUCCAAUAUCGAUGCGCAAAUAGCCUAGCUGAUUCUAAUAGACAUUUCGGCCGUCUAUCUGGAGCGAAUACCAUACAGAGCCCAUACCAAUUCAAGCUGAUGUUGUCAAGGACAAGAGUCACGUGAUGUAUGAAGGCAAACACAUACACUUCUCAGAGAUAGACAAUAAGCCGUUGUGCUCGUACAGCCCAAAGCUCUGCAAACAGCGCAGACUCAAUGGCUAUGCUUUUUGUAUCCGGCACGUUCUGGAGGAUAAGACUGCUCCCUUCAAGCAAUGCGAGUAUGUGGCCAAGUACAACAGCCAGCGGUGUACCAACCCCAUCCCCAAGUCUGAGGACCGCCGAUACUGUAACAGCCACCUGCAGGUUCUCGGCUUUAUCCCCAAAAAGGAGCGGAAAAAGAAACACGAUGCUUUAGAGGAAAUGCGCUCACGGGCUGCUCACCUGGAGUCAGUGGCUCUCAAUAUUACCGUGCCCUCUCUAGCUCUGAAAGCCCCAAAUGGUCUAGAUGAACUACCACCAUCUCCCCCCUUAACACGCCUGUUACCCCUCCCUGACGGGGAAGGCCUGGACCCUUUUGCCUUUUAUGAGGAUGACACAGAUGGUGAGGAGGUGGGCACUCCUCGGAAGAGUAACGCCAUCAAGAAGAAAAUACAGAGUCGCCUGGUGCUUAACCAGAAACUCUGCCAUGACACAGACCUCUUCCAAACACCACCUGAGCACUUUAGUCCUUCCCCUGUCCCCCGCAUCUACCCUUCCUCACCACUCAACAGUCAUCUUCCACGGCAACAGCCAGGUCUUCUCCAGAAGCUCCAGCACUCCAACACGACUUCCUUCAUCAUCCCAGGACAGCAGCAGGGUUUAUUAUGCAAUCCACCACCACCUCAGACGGUCAACUUUCUGCCUCCGGGGCUGCCCGUCAAUGCAGCACCCAGUCCAGUGCAACAUUCUGGGCCAUCGCUCAGCAGGAAAAUGCCUUUGACUGCUACUCACUUGCCUGCCGCUUGCAAGGACAGUGGCAGCAACAAUCAGCGGCAUGUGGUCGUCAUGCGUCCCACUGCCUUCUCACCUUCUGCCAGCUGCCUUGCCAGGUUGCAACAUUUGGUGCAGCUCUGUGCCAAGAGACAACAGGAGCAUGGAGACCUCUUUCCUCAUCUAGGAUUGGACUGGUCGGAGGACAGUGCAGAUGAUGAUGAUGAUGAUGAAGUAGAAGAAGACAUGGCUGAGCGUUUUUCUCCUUUUCAGAGCUCAUGGAGGCCGCAGAAUGGGCUGGAAGAGGAUGACGGCUCCUCUCGGAGGACGCGACUGUUUAGGCUUUGCUCGUACCUCCAGGAGAAGUACAAGCACAUGUGCAGACAGGAGAGGGCGCGUAUCCGGCAGAAGAGAUACCGCUAUGCCUUCCGCAAAGCCUUGCUGCACGCUGCCAGUAAAAACCCCAGAUGUGCAGGCCAGCUGAUUCAGGAGUUGAGUGGUGCCUCUUGCAGCUCAUCGAGUGUGGCUCCACCAACGCAGCAGAGCACAGACACGGGGACCUGCACUGGCAGCACAAAGGGCCAGCCCUGCUACAACAGAGCUCUGCCCUUCACUCGACACUGCUUUCAGCACAUUCUGUUGAAUCGUUCCCAGCAGCUCUUUGCAAGUUGCACAGCCAAAUUUGCAGAUGGUCAGCAGUGCUCCAUCCCCGUGUUUGAUAUCACGCACCAGACACCCCUCUGCGAAGAGCAUGCCAAAAAGAUGGAUAACUUCCUGCGUGGGGACGGAAACCGACGGGUGCAGCACCAGCAGCAGCAACAGCGAAAGCCACGUAAAAAGACCAAACCACCGGCGCUCACCAAAAAGCAUAAGAAGAAGAGGAGGAGAGGCCCGCGGAGGCCUCAAAAACCUAUCCCUCCAGCGUUGCCGCAGGGGAACCUGGGAAUGCCUUUAACGAGCCUAGCAAUGCCCUCACAGGCCAGCAUCAGGAGCCCUUCGACUCCAGAUCUAAGUACAGAUGAGCUUCCUGAUGAUAUCACCAAUGACAUAGCAGACAUUCCAAAUGACCUUGAGCUAAACCAGGAAGAUUUCUCAGACGUGUUACCCAGACUACCUGAUGACCUGCAGGACUUUGACUUGUUUGAAGGUAAAAAUGGAGAGCUACUGCCCACCACAGAGGAGGCUGAAGAGUUGGUACGUGCACUGCAGGCUAUGGGGUCCUACACAGACUCAUUGGUGUGCCUAACCUCCAUGGGAGACCUGGCCCCUACAGAAGGAGUGGACCACAGAGCCAUGACCGUAUUUCCUGGUCCAGUCCAACCAGGGGGCAUGGGAGACCUGCUGAACAGCCGCAUCCCUCCCGAGAACUUCACCAGCCUUGAGCUGGAGGACAAUCUACUGCAGUCUACUGGAGAUCACUUUCCCCCCUCACCUCCAACUCAGCCCGUUAACCAGAGCCAAGCACCGUGCUCCAAUCUGACCUCAUCCUCUUCUACAGUGGCCCCCUCCACCACGUCCCUGCUCACUCAGACCUCCUUAACAGAGCGGACGUUUUCUAGGACGCACACAUCCCACGUUCUCGCCAAGUCGGACGCACCCACAUCAUCACCCCAAGGCAGCCACUACAGCAGCGAGCAUGUGCCAUCCCCAUACAGUGACCACAUAUCUUCUCCCCACACCAGCUCUUUCCAGACAGACACCCCUCUUCUCCUGGAAGUCCCUCUGAGCGGGGUGCCAGGACCGCCCCGGUCCACUUGGAACAACCUCGCUCUCCCCCUCACGGACCCCACACAGUUUGGCAGUCUCAUCGGAUCAGAAAGUCAUCUCAUAUCCACCUCCCUGUCCACUCCACCCGCCACCACCCACUCUGUGACGCUGCAGCCCAUGGCUGCUCUCUCGGCGAUGCCCCAGAGCGGCUUGACUGGCCUAACGACUCCUCCCGCCCCCUCGUCCUCGCUCCCAUCUUCGUCACGCGAUCUUUUGACCUCCGCACAGCCCAAGCAACAGCUCCCUCAGUUCAGCGCGGCCUUUGGCCAUCAGUUGGCCUCCCACAGUGGCAUCCCAAAAGACGUGCAGCCCAGCCACAGCUCCACGGCGCCCCCUGCUGGCUUCUCUAUAGUUAGUGCCACCGCUGCAAGUGCCAACAGCGCCACGCCACCCUUCACGCAAAGUAAAUGAGAGCAGGCGGCACGCAGCUACUGCACGACGGUCUGUGGAAUCACAGUCACUUAAAAUCCAGUUGACUGAGUCGUUAACCACCCCGUUCAUCUGCUACAUGUGUGCAAUGUGGUAAUAGUGCACUAUUGAUAAUGAAUUUGCACAGCCUCAGAUUUUACUCUAUUUUUGUUCGUUCCUUCUGUAGCCAGACGGUGUCUGAGAUUUUAAGUCAGUGUGAGUCCACGUGUUCGAUGCCUUGUGGUUUCGUCAGCAGGGUGGGAUGGUGGGGUGGGGGGUUACAGUCAGAUUUUGUGAUGAAAUAAACGGGUGAAAAUUGGCAGAAGGACCUAAGCAGAGAUUAUCUGUGUCACAGUGCUCAGAAUUCCUAGAAGCCUCAGUCAGUGGUCAGUUUAGUUUGCUUUGCCAGUUCAAGUCCUGUCUUAAAACGAUCAGCUGCACCCUGCCUUGCUCAAACGGCCAUUGCAUUUUUUUUUCUUCGUUUUUGUUACCCACCUGUUUCAUACACUGCUUCUGUCACCCUCUGAAGAACAAGAGAUUUUUGUGAUCCAUUAUGUUUCAAGCUAUUUAACUGUCAUCAUGAUAUAGAAUCUUACGGAGUCAAUUUCACAGUCAUAUGAAUUUACCAAAAUACUUUUAAACAGCUGUUUUUAUAUUGUGUAUAGUGUAUAUGUGCUCAUUUAUUGGUUUGCUCAGACGUCAAAAAUCUCUGACCUCACCAUUGGUUGUGGGACUCUUGAGUGGCCUAGUAGACACUUGAAGUUGAAUAAAUCUAGUAUCUUAAAGCAAUAAAUACAUGAACAUAACUCUGGCAUCGUGAGGUAUUUCGCUGGUUUCAUUACAUGUAGCUUCACUCGAUGAAUCCAGGCUGGAUCAGGAAGAUAUUUUGGCCUCUUUAACAGUUUCCCCGCAGAGCCUUUAGAGGCGAGCGAUCAGGUCAGGCCAACUUCUCUCUGAGUGGAUUUUUUUUUAAGGCUGAUUAAAUUAGCUUCAGUGUUACAGCGACGAUGGUAAUGGCACAAUCCAGGGACUUUUAAGUGUCUACUCUCAAAGGUGCUCUCUGGUCCACACGUACAAUGGUAUUUAGUGGCUUGCAUGUCUCAUAUAACAAAAGUUCAGUUUCAGGGCUCGCACUAAUACGACAGGCCAGGCUACCCGGAGGAGGCUUACGCAGUGAAUUGGUGUUGGAAAUUUUUACCCAUCAGCUAGAUGUAACACAAUUGGUGUAUUUUGCACGUCUAAAGUAAAGCACUGUCUCUUUUACUCAGUUAUAAAGCAUUUUUUAAAGACCUAUGAUGAAAAGCUGGUGUCUGAAAAACAA